GGUAGUCUACCUUCCUAGUCAAUCUUCGACUUGGACCUCUAGACUUUACACGUGACGCAGCAUCGAAAUAUAUCGCCCAAUCCGGACAUCAUCAAACGACACCAGUCUUGACCAUAUCUUCGCUUACAGAGACAGGUAUCCAUCUCAGGACUGUUGUCAACUGCAAGGGGACACGUCAAGCACUCAAUGAAGGUAGGGGUUCUCGCCUGACAUCAGCAGACUCGAGGCGCAAACCCACUCAUUUGAGGGCGUCUACUAUCCAUUGCUCCUGUCAGGCUUGGGACCGGGCUGCCUCGACGGCCCGGUGGGGAUAUAAUGGUAGCUUCACUCUUUGACUUUCAAAGACGACGAAGAAAGAUCUUGGACGAGGAGGAGGCGAACGGCCAACCGUACCUUGGCCGUGAAUCACUGCGAUCUUGCGACAACCGGGAUGGCGGCCCCCGUGUGGUGAAGCCCGUCCUGUCCGAGACCUGCCGUGCUCACGCCGUGGCCACAAAGGACACCAGGACCUUGGACUGUUGCGACGAUGACGAUGCCGAACGCGUCAAGAUUGACAUUGGGAGCGGCACUACUCGCCGCGUCUUCUUGGUACACAAGGCGCUUUUGCGGCACUACUCGGAGUACUUUAGAGGGGCUCUCCGCGGCAAGUCGGCUCUACGGGAGGCAGCGGAUGAGGAGUUUUAUUUUCCAGAGGUGGACACGGAUGGGUUUCUGCGCUUCGUCCGCUGGCUGUAUAUGUGCCGGACAUGCAAGAAGGGCGGUUGUCGCCUGUACGAGUCGGACCACAGGUGCAGCGGACAGCAUUCGAGGACGGACCCGGACGGCAUGUGGUGCGGCGUGAAGCUCGAGCACGACUAUGUGCUGGGCGACUGGCUGCUAUGCCACCGAUACUGCAGCUUCGUCAUGUCGCACGUUGUGCCCCAUGUCGACGACUCGAUGAGCCCGGAGCGGAUAAGAUGGAUCCUGGACAACACCAUGAACGACUCGCCGAUGCAGCGCUUCAUGAGGCACUACGUGUGCUGGCUCAAGCUGCGCUGGGCCGACGCCAAGUGCCCAACCGACUGGGCGCGGUAUCCGGACCUGGUGGAGCUCGACGACGGCUGGGCUUCCACCGACCCGCGGAGAUAUCAGCUCGAGCACUGGGAGGCUGAGUGCAGCGUGCCGGCCUCUGAGGCCAACGCCAUGUGCCCGCACCGCAUCGCCGAGUCUUCACGAACCGACUCGGGUUCGGGCGAGCUGUUGAAAAACAAAAAGGCGAGAGGACUCGGCUCAGUACCGAGGAAGAAGUUUUGGGAAAAGUACAGGGAUCCACUCAAGGCAUCAUUCGGCCUGCUGGUCCUGAUAUAUCACUUUCUCUUCCCUUUUGCCUGGGUCGGCAUAUCUGCCUUUAUCGUCGUGGCAGACGAUGACCCCCUUCUAUUCGAGGCAUCCAAAUACUACAGUCUCAUCACGGGCUGCCUCGCGGUCAUUGGUAUAUGGCCCAUCUGCAUGCGGAUGAUGAAGAUGUACUUUGCCAUGGCAUGUUCAAUACUGGUAGUGAUAGCAAGCGUGCUGUCUUUUGCGUCGUCUUCGACCUGCUUAGCUGGAGCCGACAGGGACGUUGAACGAUCGAUCUGCAAGAUGGAGAUAGGUGUGGGAGUUCUACAAUUCUUCUACUCAAUAAUCGUGGCGACUUCAUAUAAAUGGUAGAUGUUGUUGCAUCAGACGAUACACUUUUUUAAGAGGGUUGAAAGGCAAGAAAGCGCGUUCGUUCCAUGGGAAAAAGAAAUGAUGCAUAUUGUUUGGCGUUCUGGGUGGAGUUGCUUCCUGUCUCAUUUUUUCUACUGUUUCUUUUGACUUGUUUAUCCUUUGCACGCAAGGGAACGACAUUAGGGUCAGACGACCCUACAUACAUACUGGAAUGAUUUCUGCGUGGGUAGCAAGCUGGAGGAAGGCGUUCUUUUUGGAUAUACCCAAGCAAGCAGGAUCAAAUGAUGGCCUGUCUGGAGCAGGUCGGCGUUUUUGUUGUGGUAGUUUUUAGCGUCGUUAUCAAUGAGUACACACUAGAGAAUACAUACCUAACUACUCCAUA